UUCUUUGUAUUCUACAUAUUUUGUUUAUGAGAUGGUGUCUUAAGAAACUUGCUAAUGAUACAAUCUUUAUUCUUGGCUCUGAGUUGCUUGUAAUUUUGACCAUUUCUGAUUGGUUUGCAGCUCUUGUGAAAGUUCACAUUUCUAAAACGCUGCUUUCCAUCACUCCUAUUAGUUGGUCAAUCUUUUUUUGGCUCUUGUUGGGAUUUUUCAAUGGCAUACAAAAGUUUUCUUACAGCACAAGUUUCGAAGGGCGUUGCACGGCAUUUUUCAGUAUGAUUGGACGUUUUACUCUGCUUUCUUCAUUUAUAUACUCUUGUGGACGAUUUCCUGCAGAAACUUACUCGAAGAUUUCGUGGACAGCUCUUUUACUAUUUGAAGUUAAAGACAAUGAUCCGAGAAUUUUCACUAGCCUUUGUAACUUUAUCAGAGUUAUAUUUUUACGUAUAGAAUCUUCGUCGAACAGCAAUAUGCAUUUGCGAACAUUUUUCAAGCAAUACUGGCUUGGCGCUCUGUACAAACGACGUCUCUAAAUAACGUUUUUCAGUCUCUUGAGAAACAAAUUUUUUUAUUCCUGUAUUGGAAUUAUUGUUUUGAGAAGAUCUUUAAUGGAAAUAUUUGG